GUCACUUGAAGCGCCCUGGCUGGUAGAUCUGGCAAAGAGAGGAAGAAAACGACAGAAGUACUCUAAAACAGGGCUUUCCCCGCGGUUAUCAGCUCUCAAAGUGAUAACGGUUCGUCUACAACCCUAUAUACAGGCACAGCCAUCUCGCCAAACCGGACUAACCUCUUGUGAAAUAAGGGAUAUAACAUGACCAGCUUAAAUGGAUAAAACCAGUCACUCUUCAACACCCAGCAUCAUAUGGUGAAAAUGAAACAUCUGCGUCUGUUGUACAGUUAAAAUAACCCAAAUACAGAUCACAGGCUCUCCAAGGUUAACAAAAAUCAACUUCUCAGUCCGUAUCGGCCCUCUUUUCUCUUCACACUUGCCCUUCUCUGGUCAGAGCCGCCAUGUACGGUAGUGCCCGAUCCGUGGGUAAAGUGGAGGGCAACCACAGUGGUGGGAGCAAUCAGAGUCCCGGCCGUUCUCCCCGUCUCCCGCGCUCGCCCCGUCUGGGUCACCGCCGCACCAACAGCACAGGGGGCAGCGGAGCCGGAGCGGGAGGUCCAGGGGGUAAAACCCUUUCCAUGGAGAAUAUCCAGUCCCUCAAUGCUGCCUACGCCACAUCCGGCCCCUUGUAUCUGAGCGACAACGAAGUAGUGGCAUCCGGCCCGGACCUGCCCAAGAGCACCAUGACGCUGGGCCGCUCGGGGGGCCGGGUGCCGUACUCCAUCCGCACAACUGUCAUGGGAUCCAGCCCGAACAUCGCCACCGGGGCGCCCGGCUCCGCGCCCAACGAUGCCAUUGCUUUCGGAGACCACCAUAUGCCUUCCAACCUGGCGUCUACUGUGCCUCAUUCGCUACGCCAGGCACGGGACAACACCAUCAUGGACCUGCAGGCCCAGCUCAAGGAGGUGCUCAGGGAGAACGAGCUCCUGCGGAAGGAGGUGGAUGUGAAGGAGAGCAAACUCAGCUCCUCCAUGAACUCCAUUAAGACCUUCUGGAGCCCCGAGCUGAAAAAGGAGCGCGCCCUGCGCAAGGACGAGGCGUCGAAGAUCGGCGUGUGGAAAGAGCAGUACAGAGUCGUCCAGGAUGAGAACCAGCAUCUCCAGAUGACCAUCCAGGCCCUCCAGGACGAGCUGCGGAUCCAGAGAGAUCUGAACCAGCUGUUCCAGCAGGACUCUAGCGUUCGUCCCGGCGAGCCCCUGACCGCCGAGCUGACCGAGGAAAACUUCCAGCGGCUGCACGGCGAGCAUGAGCGGCAGGCCAAGGAACUCUUCCUCCUGAGGAAGACUCUGGAGGAGAUGGAGCUGCGCAUCGACACGCAGAAACAGACGCUCUGCGCUCGAGACGAGUCCAUCAAGAAGCUCCUGGAGAUGUUGCAGAGCAAAGGGCUGUCGGCCAAGGCCAGCGAGGAGGACCACGAGCGCACACGGAGGCUAGCCGAUGCCGAGAUGCAUAUUCAUCACCUGGAAAGCCUUCUGGAGCAGAGGGAGAAGGAAACAUCCUUGCUGAGGGAGGAUCUCCAUAGACGAUAUGAGGGAGCUCCAGAAUCUGCCAAAACCAAAGCCCUGCAGACUGUCAUCGAGAUGAAGGACUCUAAGAUCAGUUCUCUGGAGCGCAGUCUGAGGGAUCUGGAGGACGAGAUACAGAUGCUCAAGUCAAACGGGGCUCUCAGCACAGAGGAGAGAGAGGAGGAGAUGAAACAGAUGGAGGUCUACCGCAGUCACUCCAAGUUCAUGAAGAAUAAGGUAGAGCAACUGAAGGACGAGCUGGCUCAGAGUGAAGCGCAGGGCGAGGAGCUGAAAAAGCGGGCGGCUGAGCUGCAGCAAGAGGUCUCUGCCAUUGACCAGGUGAAGCAGGAUUUGUCCCGGAAGGACACUGAACUCUUGGGCCUGCAGACUAAACUGGAGACGCUCACCAAUCAGUUUUCUGACAGCAAACAGCACAUUGAUGUACUCAAAGAGUCUCUCACUGCCAAAGAACAGCGUGCUGCCAUCCUGCAGACUGAGGUCGAUGCUCUGCGUUUACGUCUGGAAGAGAAGGAGACCACGCUUAAUAAAAAGAGCAAGCAGAUUCAGGAAAUGUCAGAGGAGAAGGGAACGCUCAACGGAGAAAUUCACGACCUCAAAGACAUGCUUGACGUCAAGGAGCGCAAGGUCAACGUGCUGCAGAAGAAGAUUGAGAACCUGCAGGAGCAGCUGAGGGAUAAGGAGAAGCAGAUGACCAGUCUAAAGGAGCGCGUCAAAUCCCUGCAGGCGGACACUUCAAACACGGACACGGCCCUCACCACGCUGGAGGAGGCCCUGGCUGAGAAGGAGCGUAUUAUUGAGCGUCUGAAGGAACAGAGGGAUAGAGACGAGAGAGAGAAGAGCGAAGAACUGGACAGCAACAAGAAAGAGCUCAAAGAGCUGAAAGAGAAAGUCAGCUUACUGCAGGGAGACCUGUCUGAUCGCGAGGCCUCUCUGUUGGACCUGAAGGAGCACGCCUCAUCCCUGGCCUCCUCUGGACUGAAGAAGGACUCCAAGCUGAAGAGUCUUGAAAUCGCUCUUGAGCAGAAGAAAGAGGAAUGCACCAAACUUGAGAGUCAGCUCAAGAAGCGCUCUGAGCUCAUGUCAGGCCAUCCCUUCAAUCUUGCUCAUUCAGUUGCGGUUGAGGCUCAGGUAAAUGCAGGACUAUCGGAGCGCAUUGCCACACUCGAGCAGGAGGUGGCGCGUUACAAGGAGGAUGCUGGGAAGGCACAGAUCGAGGUGGACCGGCUCCUGGAAAUCCUCAGAGAGAUGGAGAAUGAGAAGAACGACAAGGAUCGCAAGAUCAACGAGCUGGAGAGUCUGGCUUCAAGGCAGAUGAAAGACCAAAGCAAGAAAGUUGCCAACCUGAAGCACAAAGAGCAGGUGGAGAAGAGCAAGAACGCCCAGUUGAUGGAAGAGGCUCGUAAGAGAGAGGAUAACAUCAACGAGAGUUCUCAACAGGUCAAGGAUUCUCUGCGGCAGAAGGAUGAACGCAUCGAGGAGCUGGAAGAGGCCUUGCGUGAGAGUGUACAGAUCACGGCCGAGAGAGAAAUGGUGCUGGCACAAGAGGAAUCUGCUCGUGCAAACGCAGAGAAACAGAUGGAGGAGCUGUUGGCUGCCAUGGAAAAGGUGAAGCAAGAGCUGGAGUCCAUGAAGGCCAAGCUGUCGUCCACCCAGCAGUCCUUGGCGGAGAAGGAGGCCCACCUGACCACGCUGAGGGCAGAGCGCAGAAAGCACCUGGAGGAGGUGCUGGAAAUGAAGCAGGAGGCGCUGUUGGCAGCCAUCAGCGAGAAGGACGCCAACAUCGCUCUUCUAGAGCUGUCGUCCUCGAAGAAGAAGAAGACUCAAGAUGAAGUGGCUUUGCUGAAGAGGGAGAAGGACAGAUUGGUACAUCAGCUGAAACAGCAGACGCAGAACCGCAUGAAGUUAAUGGCUGAUAACUACGAGGAUGACCACCUCAAAGCCUCCAAUUCUGACCAGACCAAUCACAAACCUUCUCCAGAUCAGAUUAUCCCCCCACUCAUAGACCUCAAUCAGAACCGCAGUAAGCUGAAACUGUACAUCGGCCACCUCACGGCCCUCUGCCACGAGAGAGACCCCCACAUCCUGCAGGACCUGGCCCCGCCUUCCGCAUACCACCGCAGCCAACAGGACGCCUGGGAGGAGGAGCUUCGGAAGAUGAGCCCUGAACAGCUGGAAUCUGAGCUGGAGCAGUGUGAACGAGAGAGCGCCGAACUGCAGGAAUACGCCAACUCUGUCCUGCAGCAGAUCGCCGAUCACUGCCCGGACAUACUGGAGCAGGUGGUCAACGCUCUGGAGGAGUCCUGCUGACUGGACCACGCCGCACCGCGAAAACCCAGUCCUGCCUCCUCCCCUCUUCCUGCUUCUCCUUCCCUUUCUUCUGCUGUUUUUCACUUCAUUUCACAGGAUGCCAGAACACAAACUCUCUCACCCUCACCCACAUGCACAAUUCAAAGGACAGACACAUACGGGAGAGACUGACAGCUCGCAAGUCAAGUGCACGCUUGGAUUGGCUUUAGGGUGUGGGAAUGGUGGGCUUUCCUUCUGCCAUCCCCUACCGCCACAUUCAUCCUCUCUGCACCUUCAGAAUCCUGUUUACACUCACAUAAACACGGGUAAGAAGGAACCGAAAGGGGGAAACGAGCAUCAGAGAAGCUCAGUAUUAUAAGACACGUUCACUUAUUUAGUUGUCCGUCUCUGAAAGCCGUCCGGCAGGAGGUGGAGUUCUCUCUGUGAGGGGCAGGAAAUAGUCUCCUUAUCUUGAUAUACACUAUUGCCACAGCUCUUAAAAGCUGCAGGAUUUUGAAACCAUUUUGAAGAAAUUUAGACCCCCCUCCCCUUCUCUCCAAGUCCCCCCUUUUUUUGUAGAUGCUGUGUUACUGACGUUAAAUUAUGGGUCAUUCGCGCAGGGCAAAACUCCUGCACUUUCGAAACCAUCUGGUUUCACUCAAAACUUGGUUAAUGCUCCGGUUGUGCCAGCAGACAGUCCGUGCGGACUUGAACAUACUUUUACUAUCGUAGUCAGUAGCAGGUUUAGAUUACCGCAGCCCCCACCAUCUGGGAAUUCACUAUUGACUUGGUUACUGGCCGAUUUUCUCCCAAAGUCUCGUUCAUAAAAGUUAUGAAACGGACAAUAUGGGUAAUGUUAUCCCGUAUGCACCUGUCACCAGCUAAAGAAACCACAGCCCUGGUUUGUGUCUGUUAAAGGUGAGAGGAAGAAAAUUAUUUGCCUUGGAAGUUGUAGGUUUAUUGCUGCUAACAUUUGUCUUUGCAUGUGGCAGGUUUGGUUUGGUUAUGUUUUUCUUUGAUUUUUUUCCCCCGUGGUCGGCCCUCUGAUGCCGAGGGCGGUAAAACAGAGGGUGUAUUGCCGACGCAGAUGUUGUGGACGCAGAAAUGCCUCAUCAUCAGAGAGCAGCUGCCACACAUCACUGGAAUAGGAAAAUAGGCACCUAUCACUCAUUCCGUACUCUGAAAACUAUGUGGUCUCACACUGGGAUGAAGAGACUGGCUGUAGUUUCUCAGUUUGCUCACUUUUCCAAAGCAAAGAGUUGUUAUUUUUUUGGAUGGAUAGGAUCAAAUAAGAGUAGUUGUUUAGAUAACCUCUUCUUUAUUCCACUCUCUCUUUUUUUUAAACAGAUGCAACUUGUUUUUUGCGGUUGCUUUGUGAUCACCCCAUCAGAGAUAACAUCAAGCUUUGAUCCCAAGCAUCUCACACAUGUACCAUCAUGCUCCUCUCUCAUGCUCUAUCAUCCUCAGACCCGGGCGUCUCUGUUAGCACAGCCGGCAGGUGUAUCCUUUUUCACUUUAUGGUUAUAUGGGUCUAUAUCCGUUGGCGUUGGGUGUCCGUUUCUGGACCGGCCACAGGAGUGAUAAGAGACAACCUCAUUCAACUCGCGAUAAACGCGGUUGCCUCAUCGUGCGGAUCGGCCAUUGCUUUAAAGUCCAGAGUCAACUUCCCCUGUGGAUGACACUGGGCGUAACGUGCCCUCUGCUCCUCUGUCUCUAUAUCUCCUCAUCCCUCCCUCAUUCAUGCCUGUGUGUAGUUUAUGGCUCUGACCUGCUGUGCCGUGUUAGUCAUACUCCUCUCUGCACGAUAAGCUCGACAGACAAGACAAACAGCACAAGAUCACAGCGAAUAUAAUCAUCUCUCUCCCACACGCUCCCAUAUCACCACGCCACCUCUCCUCAUGCCCAUACUCACUAGAAAACCACGUGAUGUUGGGCCAAACGUUUGCUUUGCCCAGAUUUGAUUGACCUCUGAGUCAUUCUGUGAGUCACCUAUAAUUAGUACACAUUUGUCCUCCAGAGAUUUGUGUUUGUUUGUUUGUUUGUUUGUCUCUCUAAAUUAUUUAGAAUAAAAGAAGAGUAGUUGAGUGAAUCUCAUGAAAACACAUUUAGGUCACAUUUUACCCCAAAAUCGUUAGGAAAAUUCAUUGCAACAUUAUUUUCAUGACAACAUUUUCCCUUAAAAUUAUCAAGGCAUUUGUUUUUUUAUUAUUAUUAUUGUAAUUCACACCAUUCUCAAAGGUGUUUCUCAUGAGAUUCUGAUUCUGACAAUUAAAAAAAAAUCCUCCAAAAAUCUUAAAAAUUAAUGAAAGGAUUAGUUCACCUCAGAAUUCAAAUUUCCUGAUAAUUUACUCACCCCCGUGUCAUCCAAGAUGUUUAUGUCUUUCUUU